AAGCCUCCAGACUAAGAGGUGUUCCCCACUCUGCAGCCAGACUCCUUGAAAUACCCUUUCAGUAAUUCUACCAACGCCUCCAUGUCUCUACUCUGCCAUAACAAAGGCUGUGGGCAGCAUUUUGAUCCCCAAACCAACCUUCCUGAUUCCUGUUACCAUCACCCUGGGGUCCCAAUCUUCCAUGAUGCACUUAAGGGUUGGUCCUGCUGCCGGAAGCGAACUGUAGAUUUCUCUGAGUUUCUAAACAUCAAGGGCUGUACUGUGGGACCACACUGUGCUGAGAAGCUCCCUGAGGGCCCUGGUACAAGCAGUUCACUUCAGGAGCAAAGACCUCCAAAUGUGAUUCCAAAGUCAGCAGAGACUUUGCGUCGGGAGAGGCCCAAGUCAGAGUUGCUUCCAAAGUUGCUUCCGCUAAAUAUAUCCCAAGCCCUGGAAAUGGCACUGGAACAGAAGGAAUUAGACCAAGAACCUGGAGCAGGAGUUGACAGUAGCCUGAUCCGGAUUGGGGCCAGCUGCCAGAACCCAGGAUGUGAUGCUGUAUACCAAGGCCUAGAGAGUGAUGCUACUCCGUGUACCUACCACCCUGGAGCACCUCAAUUCCAUGAGGGGGUGAAAUCUUGGAGCUGUUGUGGCAUCCAGACCCUGGAUUUUGGGGCAUUCCUGGCACAGCCAGGAUGCAGAGUUGGUAGACAUGAUUGGGGGAAGCAGCUGCCAGCAUCUUGCCGUCAUGAUUGGCAUCAGACAGAUUCCUUAGUAGUGGUGACUAUAUAUGGCCAGAUUCCACUUCCUGCAUUCAACUGGGUGAAGGCCAGUCAAACUGAGCUUCAUGUCCACACUGUCUUUGAUGGUAACCGUGUGUUCCAAGCACAGAUGAAGCUCUGGGGGGUCAUAGACGUGGAGCAGAGCUCUGUCUCCUUGAUGCCAUCUCGGGUUGAAAUUUCCCUGGUCAAGGCUGACCCAGGAUCCUGGGCCCAGCUGGAGCACCCCGAUGCACUGGCUGAGAAGGCUAAGGCAGAGGUUGGGUUAGAGAUGGAUGAGGAAGAGUCUGAGGAUUCAGAUGAUGACUUGAGCUGGACAGAGGAGGAGGAAGAGGAGGAAGCAAUGGGAGAAUAGUGACACCAGACAGUCAAGUCUAGAUAGGAUCUCAGUGACUCCCUUAGAAUUUCAGAGACCAGGAUAUGGUUGGCCAUGGAGUGUCACUGAGCAACAGGAGGCAGAAGGAGGGGAGAACAAAAGUGUCCAAACCAUGCUGUUUUUUCCCUUAAAUAAAUCUUGUAUUCUGCAGUUUCA